AUAAUAGUAUAUUAUGGCUAAUCUGAGAGAGCAAGAAGGUGCAUUAUUAGUGCUUGUUUUGAGUGCACUUCUCAUAUGCAUUGCUACUUUGUUUGUGGUUUAUUUUCGGAGGAUGAAAUGGAGUGCUCAAAUGAGCCACGUGAACAAGAGUAGUGUUCGUAUUCCCACAAACUGGCCGGUCAUCGGAAUGAUGCCGGCGUUAUUUCAAAACGUCGAUCGCGUCCACGACUACGUGACCGACCUCCUCGUACACAACGGGGGCACAUUUGAGUUUAGAGGGCCGUGGGUUGUCAACAUGCACAUGUUGGUCACCUGCGACCCUGCUAACAUCAACCACAUACUCUGCAAGAACUUCAAGAACUACCCGAAGGGGCCCCACUUCCAGAGAAUCUUUGACAUUCUCGGGGAAGGGAUGAUCAACGCCGACUCUGAGCUGUGGGAGCUUCACCGAAAGACGACGAUGCCCCUGAUGAGCCAUCCCGGCUUUCGCUCUCUCCUAGAGAGAACCGUCUCCGAGAAGCUGGAGCGAGGGCUUUUCCUACUUCUAGACAAGCACGUCGAGCUAGGAACCCCCUUCGGACUAAAGCAAGUUUUUCAAAGGUUGAGUUUUGACAUCGGGUCCAUGCAGCUUCUAGACAAGGACCCGGGCAGCCUCGAACUCAUCAACGAGGGCCACCCGGUUCUUGAGUCGAUAAGGGGAGCUGUGAAUGCGGUACUCUACCGACACGUGCUCCCAGAGUGGGGUUGGAAGAUGCAAAAAUGGGUGUUUGGGGUUGACAGAGAGAAGAGGCUGAGUGAAGCUUGGGAGGGCUUAGAUCAAUUCCUAAACCCCAUUAUUAUGGAAAGGAAACAACAAAUUGAGCAAAAUGAUGAAGACGAAUCCAACUUCAGCAUGUUGGUUUCUCACAUCAAUGCACACAAAGGGAAGAGUGUCAAGUUCUUGAGGGACACUUUCGUCACCUUGAUAAUUGCAGGGUCUGAUACUACGGCUAUAUUCAGUUCCUUGUUUAAUCCCAUUGCCACACUUUCCCUUUUUAAUGAAGCAAAAGAUGUUGCAAUUUUUAAUUUCCGGGUAUGCGGUAUCAGAAUGUGCAGAAUUUACUUAAAUAGUUCCACCCUCACAUGGCUCUUCUGGCUCCUCGCAAAAAACCCUUCCGUCGAAGAAAAGAUCCUCCAAGAAAUCCUUCAACAAAUUAACCCUCCAAGAGAUGACGAGGGCAAAAAGGUCAUUAUCACCUCCGAAGAUUGCCAGAAGCUGGUUUACCUCCACGCCGCCGUCUGCGAGUCCCUGCGGCUGUUCCCGCCCGCACCCUUGAACCACAAAGUCCCCGUCGCCCGGGAUACGCUCCCGAGCGGCCACGUGGUCGAGCCCAACACCAAGAUAAUAAUCCCGUUUUAUUCCACGGGGAGGAUGGCUUCGGUGUGGGGCUCGGACUGCUCGGAGUUCAAGCCGGAGCGGUGGAUUUCCCCCGCCGGAGGGAUCAAGCACCAGCCGUCUUUCAAGUUCCCGGCGUUCAACGCCGGCCCAAGGACCUGCAUCGGCCGGGAGAUGGCUCUCACGGUGGUGAAGAUGGUGGCCGCCACCGUGGUACUUCACUAUCGGUAUGAGCUGGUUGAACCCCACCGCCCGGUUGAGAUUUCCGACUCGAUUCUUCUUGAAAUGAAGCACGAUUUGAAGGUUGUGUUCACGCGCCGCCGCCAGUGAUGGCCACGGUUCAACGUACGGAUCAACCCCAUGCAUUCAAUAGUAAAAAGAUGAAGUGUUUAUUUUGCGACCCUAAAAAUUUACGGUAUCAAAUAAUUGUUUCUUUAGUGCAAAUAAAUGUUACUUCUCCUU